UUUCACGGAACCGAUGUAUUUGCAAACUUCCAAUAUGUCAUGUCAACUCUGAGCUUUUCUAUUACUUAAGUGAAUGUGCAUUUUCGACAUACGCGAUGUUUUAGUAAAAUAACACGUUCACGAAUUAUGGUUUCAUAUUUUGUACGACGUCUAGGUAGCAAAAAUUAGUACAGAGGCGCACAGUGUUUGCUUACUCGUAUAGAGUUUGUAGGCGGCAAAAUGUCCAUGUCAGAGUCUGGUGUGGGAUGUAUUAGCGAAGUUACGCUUGCAAUUAGUAAAGCAAGGGGUUCUCAAUCAGGUACAGUGAGAGUACUUGAUAGUCCUGAGUCUGAUGGAUCCGGCCAUUCGAAUUCGUUUACUGUACAACGAUUUAAUUAUCCCGACAAUGAAACUGCAAAUUCUGAUAUUUUGCACCCACCCUUAACUAGUGAAGACUUAAGAAUACCGAUUAUUGGAUAUGAAGUUAUGGAAGAGAGAGCCAGAUUUACAGUUUACAAAUUACGAGUAGAAUUAAAAAAUGGCGAUUGUUGGUUUGUAUUUAGAAGAUAUACAGAUUUUGUUCGUUUAUUAUCACAACUGAGAAGGCAGAAAAUUCCAAUUUCGCAUCUAAGUUUGCCAAGGAAAAAAUGGAUCGGAGAUAAUUUUGCUCCAAGUUUUUUGGAAGAAAGAAUACGUGGCCUUCAAGCGUUUGUUAAUGGAAUAUUAGGUAGUCCCCUUCUCAUAGGCACCGCGUGCGUGAGAGACUUUUUCUGUUUAGACGAACCACCCGCCUUAUCCGACACCGCGGAAGAAUCUAGAGCAAUUUUUGAAGCACUGGAAGAUACUAUAUAUCAUUUACGACAACAAUUAAGAGAACGCGACGCUGCUCUUAAAGCCGAAACAGCAUUAUGCAACGAACUCCAGAAAAAGCUGCAUCAAGUAUUAAGUGAAAAACAAACCUGCCUAAAAUGUGGUGCAUCUCAAUAACGAUUUCUCAUUAAUUUGAAUCUCAUAAGUUGAUAUCAGUAAAACUAUAUUAUCUAGAGACUGGUAUAAUUAGGUAACUUCAGUUGUACCGUAUAAGUUCUAUUUAUAUAUUGCUAUGACAUAAAGAUCUGUUAUUUUAAUGAUAUUUGUUAAAAAGGAGAUAUUAGAUAUCGCUAGUGUAUUUUAUAUUUUUAAUUGUAUGGCACAAUUCCAUUCGUUCUUGAUUAUAUUAAUUUAUACAAAACAAUGUUAAGUGAUACGUAGAAGAUUUCUUAGCAUAAUAAGUACAUUGAGCUUUCCCAGCAUUGAAUGCAACUUCCAUUAUUACAUGAAAGCCUUAUACAAGUGCCUUACAUCUAUAAUACAUGAAUCUCUAUUUAUAUCGUGUAUUUAGUAGUCAAAGUGCUUUCAAAUUGACAAGAAAAUUGUCAUAGAAUAAAAUACUAUUACAGCUUGAUUACGAAUACACGCCAAAGUGAGUUGAUCUACUUUGGUACUUUAUAAAAUUCGAUAUAUUUUUUAGUACUUUUACAUCGUGUUUGCAUAGUUAUGCAACGAUAUUGUUGUGAGAAUUAUAAUUGACAUUCGUAAUAUUACAACAACAAUAUUACCAGAAGAACUAGAUAUUACGAUAUUAUGACAUUUAAAAUACAUUUAUGUACAGAUAUAAUAAAUAUUUGAAACUCCUGUAAAUUAUAUUGAAAAUUUAUUAUACAUUAAACUCUGUAAUAUAGUCAAUAUUUAUUAUAUCUCAAUGGUUACUUUAUGAAACGUUUACAAUACUGCACAAUAUAUAUUUAUAUAUAAAAAAAGAAUUGUUAUACUUUUUGGACUAAUUUCUACGUUUUAUGUUGAUACGGAAGACUUUUAAUUAAAAAAUAUAAAAUUAAUGAAAAUGUUAUUCGACGUUGUACGAUGCAGCUCGUCUACUACGUUUAUCAUAUAAGGUCUGUAAUUCUGAUGUCUUUAAUAAUGACUACGAUCAAGGAAAACAACAAUCUCAUUCUUUUAAAUUAUUAAAUAUACCCAGACCUAAUCCGUGUUCUAAAAUUUUAGCACAGUGUAAAUAAACGGUACACCGCUGUUUACA